GUGUGUUACCAUUCAGGACAGGUAUUUCGGUGGUGUUUUUCCUAUUUAUGUGUGUUACCAUUCAGGACUGGUAUUUCAGUGGUGCUAUUUCUAUUUAUGUGUGUUACCAUUCAAGACUGGUAUUUCGGCGGUGUUUUUUUUUCUAUUUAUGUAUGUUACCAUUCAGGACUGGUAUUUCGGCGGUGUUAUUUCUGUUUAUGUGUGUUACCAUUGAGAACUGGCAUUUCGGCUGUGCUAUUUCUAUUUAUGUGUGUUACCAUUCAGGACUGGUAUUUCGGUGACACUAUUUCUAUUUAUGUGUGUUACCAUGUAGGACUGGUAUUUCGGUGACACUAUUUCUACUUAUGUGUGUUACCAUUCAGGACUGGUAUUUCGGUGAUGCUUUUCUAUUUAUGUGUGUUACCAUUGAGAACUGGUAUUUCGGUGAUGCCAUUUCUAUUUAUGUGUGUAACCAUUGAGGAUUUGUAUUUCGACGGUGCUUCUGGCUUCAGACAAUUCCGCUCCACUGAGGACCAGACCACUUAUCUAUCGCAAGAGAUAGAGGACGCCUUCCAAGAGCAGAAGGUUGUGCUUACAGCAUGGAUUGAUCUGCAGAGAGCAUUUGACAAAGUCCGGACUGAUUGACUCCUCGUCAAACUGAUGAGGACUGGAGUAGGAGGUCACAUGCUGAGGUAGAUUAAGUCAUACCGCCACAACAGGAGAGCAAGAGUCAGUUUAGAACAUGCCAGCAGUAGGAAGUUCCUGUUGCGUCAUGGUGUCCCACAAGGCGGAGUCUUAUCCCCAACACCCGUCUUGCUUUUCAUCAAGGAUCUGGUGUCUGAACUAACGAAAGGAGUUACGGCUGCUCUCUGCGCUGACGAUCUGGUGAUAUGGUGUAAGGAAGAACAUGCCACUACAGCCACAUACAGGAUGCAAGAAGCUAUCAACAAGCUUUCAGCUUGGGCUGAAGAUUUGUGUGUAUCGAUCAAUACAGUGAAAUCGUCCACCACACUAUUCUCCCUGUCGUAGAAGCAGAGGGCGGGUAAAAUCAAGAUUGAAAAUACUUCGCCGAUUGAAGCAGACGAGGCAAAAUACCUUGGAGUGACCUUUGACAAACGGCUAACCUGGAAGCUCCACAUUAGUCAAGCAGAAGGAAAGGCCCGUAGGAAGCUUGCCAUGAUGCGCAAACUUGCUGGAACAACGUGGGGGAGCAAAUAAGCAAAUACUCAAGACAGUAUAUCAGGGAACAGUGAGACCCCAUUUAGAGUAUAGCUCAUCUGCCUGGUCCACUACUGCCGAAACUAACCAACAGGCUUUAGACAAGGUUCAGAACCAAGCAUUGCGGAUCUUGACAGGUGCUACAAAGUCUACUCCAAUCUCAUUCAUGGAGAAGCUAACAGGUACACAGCCGUUACAAUACAGGAGACAUGCAAAGGUCCUGCUUCAAGCAGAGAAGUUCAGGUCUUACCAUUCCAUGAAAGCCAAGCUAGAUGGCUACACCAAAAAAUCGGCUCAAACGUAGCAGCUUCGUUCAUGAGGCAAAGAAACUCAACCGAGAGUUCAAAACUGAGCUGAACAUACCAACGACUCCGCUAGGUAGUGAUGACAUUAUAAACCCACUUGCGAAUGAUCUGUCCUCAGUGACUGUGAGACUUGCUGUUCCUCGUCUUGACCACGGGAAGCAAGAGGAUGAAGGCAUUCGGAAGAGCCUCACACUUGCUAUGAUCAAUGAAGACUAUCCUCUGGAAUAAUGGACUCAUGUCUAUAUAGACGGAUCAGCCACCUGCGCCGUCAAAGAUGGAGGAGGAGGAGCAAGAGUUUUCAUUCAAUACCCAUCUGGCAAGAAAGAAACACUACAUGCAGCCAAAGGAAAACACUGAGCAAUUACAAGGCAGAGGCUGAAGCACUCAAGAAGGCCGUCUCAAUGGUUGAAGAUUCGGCAGAGGAAAGCUCCUCAGUCGUCUUUCUCACAGAUGCACUGUCUGUCGUGGAAGCUCUGAUCAACAAUAAAGCUCCGCAGCUAGCCAGGAGAAUGCAGAGGUUGAGUGUAACCUGAAAAGUAGCACUUCAGUGGAUUUCAUCCCAUUGUUGACUUGCAGGCAGUAAAGAGGCAGACAAACUGGCUAAGCUAGGAGCUCAGUCAGAACAACCAACAGAACCUGUGAGUUAUAAGGAGAAAGUCACCAUCAUCAAGGCACUAACUAGACCAAGAAUGGAGGAUGUUUUUCAUCUCCUUGAUCGGUCUGAACACGUGAUGAUGGUCAGGCUCCGCUCAGGGCACAACAAGCUCAAUGCUCACAUGUACAAGAAAUACAGACUGGCAUCAUCGCCAACUUGUCCAUGUGGUGAAGAAGAUCUGACUGCGGAGCAUAUACUUCAGAGAUGAAAAAGGCAUGACCAGGAGCGAGCUGGGACUUGGCCGAUAGAUACCUCAAUCCACCAGAAACUGUAUGGAGGCAUUGAGGAUCUGCGGCAAACCACAGGUUUCUUGGAGGCUACUGGUCUGACAGUGUAGUCGCGAACGAGAAGAAGAAGUAGAUUUAUGUGUGUUACCAUUCAGGACUGGUAUUUCGGCGGUGCUAUUUCUAUUUAUGUGUGUUACCAUUCAGGACUGGUAUUUCGACGGUGCUAUAAUUUCUAUUUAUGUAUGUUACCAAUCAGGACUGGUAUUUCGGCGAUGUUAUUUCUAUUUAUGUGUGUUACCAUUCAGGGCUGGCAUUUCGGCUGUGCUAUUUCUAUUUAUGUGUGUUACCAUUCAUGACUGGUAUUUCAGUGGUGCCAUUUCUAUUUAUGUGUGUUACCAUUCAGGACUGGUAUUUCGGCGGUGCUAUUUCUAUUUAUGUGUGUUACUAUUCACGACUGGUAUUUCAGUGGUGCCAUUUCUAUUUAUGUGUGUUACCACUAAGGACUGGUAUUUCAGCGGUGCUAUUUCUAUUUAUGUGCGUUAUCAUUCAGGAAUGGUAUUUCGGCGUGCUAUUUCUAUUUAUGUGUCUUACAAUUCAGGACUGGUAUUUCGGUGGUGCUAUUUCUAUUUAUGUAUGUUACCAUUCAGGAUUGAUAUGUCGGCGGUGCUAUUUCUAUUUUUGUAUGUUACCAUUUCGGACUGGUAUUUCGGCGGUGCUAUUUCUAUUUUUGUAUGUUACCAUUCAGGACUGGUAUUUCGAUGAUGGUUCUUCUAUUUAUGUAUGUUGCCAGUCAAGACUGGUAUUUCCAUGGUGCUAUCUAUUUAUGUAUGUUCCCAUUCAGGACAGGUAUUUCAGUGGGGCUAUUUCUAUUUAUGCAUGUUACCAUACAGGACUGGUAUUUUGGUGGAGCUCUUUCUGUUUAUGUGUGUUUCCAUUCAGGACAUGAUUUUCGGUGGUGCUAUUUCUGUUUAUGUAUGUUACCAUUCAGGACUGGUAUUUCAGUGGUGCUAUUUCUAUAUAUGCGGGACAGAUAUAUUUUGGCGGUGCUAUUUCUAUUUAUGUAUGUUACCAUGCAGGCAGCACAUAUAUUUCGAUGGUGCAAUUUCUAUUUAUGUAUGUUACCAUGCAGACAGCACAGGUAUUUCGAUGGUGCACUUUCUAUUUAUGUAUGUUACCAUGCAGGCAACACAUAUAUUUCGAUGGUGCAAUUUCUAUUUAUGUAUGUUACCAUGCAGGCAGCACAUAUAUUUCGAUGGUGCAAUUUCUAUUUAUGUAUGUUACCAUGCAGGCAGCACAGGUAUUUCGAUGGUGGUAUUUCUAUUUAUAUAUGUUAUCAUUCAGGACUGAUAUUUGGUGCUUUUCUAGUUAUGUAUGUUACCAUUCAGGACUGUAUUAACGUGAUGAUUGUUUCUAUAUGUUUAUUUUGCAAUUCAGGACUUUUAUUCAAAAGAAAGUACUGGUAUUCAAGUGAUGAUUGUUAUCGAUAUUCAGGAUUGAUUUUAUAGUGAUGUGGUAAGUGCAGGAUAAAAGUAAUAAUGACGACCGAGGUUGGUGAUAAAACUGCUUCCUUUACUGGCGGCGAUGAGGAUGUGACAGCACUGACGCUCGAUGUCAUAAAUGGUAUAGAUGAUGUAAUCGAGGCGAUGACAUUGGCUGAAGAACAUGGAAUAAAUAUAGAUGAACUAGAUUCUGUCGAAGAAAUACAAACAAGGCUGAAAUGUCACAUGACGCUUAUGAACGAGGGAAAUCUUAAGUUGAAGAUGGAUACUCAAAUAAAAGCGAUAGGCGGAAACGAUGCUAAGAAAAAAGAGCAUUUAUCUCGAAUAAUAAAAGACGUGAAGAACAUAUUUCCACCAAGUUCUAUGGUACGAGCAACAAGACGCCAAGAACUGAUGGAAGAUUUACUGAACAAGGAUGGUUCCACUGAUGAUAUACGACAAGACUGUGACCUAAGAAUAGCAAGUCUUAAAGAAAAGGAAUGUGUUAUUCUUGUUUCCGGUGAAUCCUCUGCAGGCAAAUCUAGUCUCCUGAACUUACUGCUUGGGGAGGAAAUCCUACCCUCCCACAUGCUUCCGUGCACAUCAUGCAUCACAGUUAUAAAGUAUAACCCAUACAGGUGUGCAAAGAUUGUGUAUAAAAAUGGCGAGACGAUGCCAAUCCCAAACCUCGAUAAGGAAGGACUGGAAUUAUUACAACAGAGAGCUUACUUUUCCAAAGUAACAAAAGAAAAGGACAAACAGGAAAUAUACAAUUCAAGAAAAGAAGGACAUGAAGUUGCAGAAAUUCAAGUGUAUCUUCCAAUAAAAAUGCUCUAUUCUGGUCUUGUAUUGGUAGAUACUCCAGGUAUUGGAGAAAACGAGUUCUUAGAGAACUAUUUGAUGGAAUAUAUCAAGAAUCACCAGAUACUUGGAUUUAUGUACAUCAUCAUGACUGACAACGCACUAGGCAUCGCAGAAGAUCGCCUGGUGAAUUUGAUGAGUCUAAUAAUCAAGAGCCAGAAAAGCAGCAAUGAUGUGGUCAAGUUCAAUCCAAAGGCUGCCUUGUUUGUAUGCAACCGUUGGGACAUGGUUCCAGCAGAAUCAAAGAAAGCCGUGCGGGACAAUGCUCUGAAACAGCUUGCAAAGGCCUGGCCAGAUUUCGAUGCAUCGAAUGCUGUGUUCUUUUCCACCUUCCAUGCACGGCGAGAGAUAGAUGUUAACGAAGGAUAUAUUACUGACGAAUAUGUCGCUUUGCUGUACGGAUUAAUGAAACUUGUAGACGUAUCACUUGACAAACGCAUCAAAGCUUCAUACAGAUGGGUUGGUACCGUGCUUCAAAGAAGCGUGCACUACCUGAAAACAAUGGUUCGCAGGCUUGACAUGGGAGACAAAGAGAGACAGAAGAAGACGGAGGAAGUGUCAGCUAAGUUAAAAACUCUGAAAGAGAAAGCAGAUGAUGUUAUAAAAUCUCUGUACAACGAGAUGGAAGUAGCGGUUGAAGAUAUAAGCCACCAGGUAAGAAAUUACUUGCAUACCACACAAGCGAAAACAAAACUUACCACGAAUUGGGGAAAAAAAGAGGGAGAACUUCCCGAUAUGGAUUAUGCCUCUGGGACGUGGCAGUGGAUAAAGCGGCACAUUGACACCGCUUUCGACGAUCGUUUGACAGAUCUACUGGAAGAAUGGGAUGAACAAUCACAGUAUAUACCAAUGCUUGAAAGAAAAUUAUUUAGAGAAGCAAAACUGAAUUUGUGCGACCUAGAAAGCGACCUCGCUGAUGUUGAACAUGAUGUUGUUCAAAGUGAUAACAUGUCUCUCUCAAGAUCAACAAGCGUUUCUCUUCUGAACAAUUUGUGCCGAUCUAUCGAAGACUUUGAGGAAGAGGAUCUCUUAGAUAACGAAGUGCCAAAAAAACUUGCAUACAGGUUGAAACUUUUCAUGACAAAAACUAUAAGAAAGAAACAUGAUGAAACGAAACUGAAGGAAUACAAACGCGAUGCUGGUAAAGUGGCUCUAAAGCGAUCAGAAAAGCUACUUGAAUCUAUUAUCAAGGACAAAGAUGAACGCUUAGAAAUGUUUGUGAAAGACUUUUUACAACGACCAUACAACUACAUAAAACGGCUUGAAAGCAAGAUCCCUGGUCUCAUUAUUUCAAACAUGACACUUCUGGACAAAUUCGAGCGCGAAAUCUUGGAAGAGCAAAAGUGUCGAUCUCAGUACGUAGACAUGGUGGUUAGAAUAGAAAAGAUAAGAAGAGAAGUAGUUUAUUACGGAGAAGAAAAUUUCUUUGUAAAUGACUUCGAGGAAAAAGAUGUCAAAAUGCACGUAGCACCACUUGCAACGUCCAGGCAUAAAGCUCUGUUAAAGCGACCGUCAAUGGCAGACCUGAUGAAAAGCGCGUCUACAAAACAAGGCGCGCUGCAUUCGGAAUCACCACAUGGACUUUGGCAUGCAGUUCAUUUAGGCGAAAUAAAGAAAGGUAGCGAGACACAACAUGUGGUUGUUAAAAUUUAUUCAACUGAUGCCAACGCUGAAAACAUUACACAAGAAGUUGCCAGACUAAGAUGUCUGUUACAUAGCGACGUCUGCAUAGCAGAAUUUCUGGGAGUGUUCCAACAGAGGGAUACCCCAACACCUGCACUCAUAUUUUCUGGAAAAUUGUAUUCAAUCCGCAAUUACAUGAAGUCGAUGUCAGACGUUAAUACAACAAAGAUACUACAAGAUAUCCUUGCAGGACUACAGUAUCUUCAUUCAAAGGGCUUGGUACAUAUGGAGCUGACCAAGGACACUGUAACGGUAUCUGAGAAAGGUGAAGUGAAGAUGACAGGAGGCUGUUUGCCGAGGGUUCCGGUGUUUCCAGCAGAAAGUUCAGCAUACUUCUCACCUGACAUUGUCUAUCUCUCUCCGGAAGUUAUUCAAGGUCAAAUGUAUGUGACAUGUGCAGAUAUGUAUGCAUUCGCGAUACUUACCUUGGAAAUCAAACGUCAACGGUUUGAAGCAUUUUCCGAUAUUCCUAAGAGCUCUCUUCAGGACUUUCUGAAGAUUUCGGCAAGGUCUCAUCUCGAACCAACCGUCCUCGAAUUGCCCUUGUCUCAGUCAGUAAUCCAAAACCUAUUGCUCUGUCUUGAAAGAGACAUAUCAAAAAGACCUGAUGCCUCGAACAUGGCGGCUGAGUUCAAAGGAAGACCAUCUACCAAAAGAAGUAUAGCUACGCCGAAAAGCAUUUUUUCGAGGGCUUUUUCAUCGAAGAGAAAAUAAAAAUUACGGUCAAUGCAUAUAUUGCAAAAACAAAAAUUGAACAGAGACAUUUUUUGAAACUUGAACAACAAUGUGUACAGUAGAAUUCACGUUUAACAGUAUAAAUAUGGAACAAUAACGAACGUCACGACAGAGUUUCGCCAUUUUCUGAUUUUUGUUUAAACAAGAAGGUUACAGAGAAUUAUUUGAAAUAAACAACAUAUUACCAAUUU